AUGGAGAUCUCCUUCGACCCCUUCCCUCCUCCUCCCGCUCCCGCCCCCGCUCCCACUCCCGCCGUGCCGCCCUUCCCCUCCAGCCCGCCGCUGGAGCCCGCAGUCGACACCGCCGCCGCCGUCCCCUCCUCGCCGCAGCCGACGGCGGCGGUCGUAGCCGCGCCCACCCCGCCCGACGACAAGGUCCUCGUAUCAGUUGAGGUGCUGCUGCACGCCGCGAGCACGGCCCGCGCGGAGGAGGUUCGAGCAGCAGUUGAGAGGAUGUUAGAAACUCGAAGUCUGAGCUAUGUUGAUGGUCCUGUCUCGAUACCUGCUGACAAUCAUUUUCUUCUAAAACAUGUUAAAAGGAUCCAAAUAUGUGAUACUGAUGAGUGGAUUGAGAACCACAAAGUUCUGCUGUUUUGGCAAGUUAAGCCUGUUGUUCAUGUGUUCCAGUUAAGUGAAGAUGGUCCAGGGGAAGAACCAAGUGAAGAUGAUACACUCUCGAGCUUCAAUGAGUGGGCUCUACCUGCCAAAGAAUUUGAUGGAUUGUGGGAAAGCUUACUAUAUGAAGUCGGUCUCAAGCAGAGGUUGCUGAGAUAUGCCGCUAGUGCUUUGCUAUUUACUGAAAGAGGUGUAGACCCAUGCCUUGUUUCAUGGAACCGGAUUGUACUUUUGCAUGGCCCACCUGGAACAGGAAAGACUUCAUUGUGUAAAGCAUUAGCUCAGAAACUUUCUAUUCGCUUCAAGUCAAGGUAUUCUAUGUGUCAAUUAGUUGAAGUCAACGCCCAUUCGUUGUUCAGCAAGUGGUUUUCUGAAAGUGGAAAAUUGGUAGCUAAGCUUUUCCAGAAGAUCCAGGAGAUGGUGGAGGAAGAAAGCAACCUGGUAUUCGUAUUAAUUGAUGAAGUUGAAAGCCUUGCUGCUGCCAGACAAGCUGCCAUAUCCGGCUCUGAACCUUCAGACUCCAUUAGGGUGGUAAAUGCGUUGCUAACUCAAAUGGACAAACUGAAGGCUUGGCCAAAUGUUAUCAUUUUGACAACAUCAAAUAUCACGACAGCUAUAGAUAUUGCAUUUGUUGACAGGGCAGACAUCAAGGCAUAUGUUGGACCCCCUACUCUUCAAGCACGCUAUGAGAUUUUGAGGUCAUGCAUACAGGAACUUUUCCGAGUAGGGAUUCUUGCAUCCCCUCAGGGUGGUGAUUUGCCUUCUAUUCUGAGUUAUUCAACCCUUAAGGAGAAGUUGCACUGUCCCGAGGCUGCAGAACCUCAUACACUUCAUCUCUCUGAAUUACUGCAUCAAGGUGCAGAACAGUGCGAGGGAUUAAGUGGAAGAUCAUUGAGAAAGCUUCCUUUCCUGGCACAUGCUUCUGUCCCCAACCCUUCGUGCUGUGACGCCACCUCGUUCAUGCACACGCUAGUACAGACUGCACGGAGAGAGCUCCUGGAAUCACGCGGUUGAUUCUAUGCUGAUUGCUUGGAGGAGCGAAUGGCUAACAGUUCGAUUCAAGUACCGUGUCCCUGAUCUGAUGCAUAGUUUGAACUAAUUCGAAGUCUGAAGUUCUGAAAUACAAGCUAGUCCAUUCAAUCUCUCGUUUUGGAACAGUUGGUAGUCCAGUAU